AUGGCGACCCCAGAGGAGAAGGCUACGGACCUCAAGAACCAGGGCAAUAAGGCCUUUGCGGCGCACGACUGGCCGACCGCGAUCGACUUAUACACGCAGGCCAUUGAACUAAACAGCAAGGAGCCCACCUUCUGGUCCAACAGAGCUCAGGCCUACUUGAAGACGGAAGCGUACGGCUUUGCUGUCAGAGAUGCCACGAAAGCUAUCGAACUCAAGCCGAGCUUCGUCAAGGCCUACUACCGGAGAGCGACAGCAUACGCCGCCAUCUUGAGACCCAAAGAGGCUGUGAAGGAUUUCAAGACUUGCGUUAAGAUCGACCCCGGCAACAAGGAUGCCAAGCUUAAGCUGGUCGAAUGCGAGAAGAUUGUGCGACAGCUCGCUUUCUUCGCCGCCAUCGAGGUCGGGGACGAGCCGUCGGCUGCCGAGGGUCUCGAUGUGGACUCGAUCGCCGUCGAGCCCGCUUAUGACGGCGCCAGAUUGGAAGGGGAGAUGACGCAGGAGUUCAUCGACGACAUGACCGAGAGGUUUAAGAACGGGAAGUUAAUACACAAGAAAUACGUCUACCAGAUUAUCCUGGCGGUCAAAAAACUUGUGUACGACGAGCCCACCAUGGUCGAGGUCGAUAUCCCCGAGGACGUCCAGCUUACCGUUUGCGGUGACACUCAUGGGCAAUAUUUUGACUUGAUGGAGCUGUUCAGGUUAAACGGUACCCCGGGUGACAAACAUUGUGGAUUGCGACCCAAGAACUUCUUCAUCAACCGCGGCAACCACGAGACAGACGACAUGAACAGGGUUUAUGGAUUUGAGGGCGAAUGCAAGGCAAAAUACAACGAGCGCGUCUUUAAGCUGUUCUCCGAAAGCUUCUCUGCCCUGCCGUUAGCGACUUUGAUCGGCAAGAAGUACUUUGUACUACACGGCGGUCUGUUCUCGGACGACAACGUAACGUUAGACGACAUCCGGAAACUCGACAGGCAUAAGCAGCGGCAACCCGGGCAAGCUGGUCUAAUGAUGGAGAUGCUGUGGACUGACCCGCAAACUGAGCCUGGGAGGGGCCCCAGCAAGCGCGGCGUGGGCAUGCAGUUUGGCCCCGACGUCACCAAGCGGUUCUGUGAGAAGAACGGCCUGGAGGCGGUUAUCCGCAGCCAUGAGGUCAGGAUGGGAGGUUACGAGGAGGAGCACGACGGGAAGUGCAUCACCGUCUUUUCGGCGCCCAAAUACUGCGACAUGACCGAGAACAGGGGCGCGUAUAUCAAUAUCGGCCCUGACUACAAGCUCAAGUUCACGCAGUUCGAUGCUGUUCCGCACCCCAAUAUCCGGCCCAUGGCCUAUGCCCAGAACUCGGUGAUGUCCUCGCUCAUGUAG